GAGCAAGCUGCUGCCCUUGCAACUGGCAAGUCAAAGUCGCGCCUUACCGUUGAGGAAGUCCUCGCCAACAUCCGUAGGGAAGUGGGAGGGCGUGGCGCGCAAAGCUUGGACUCUGUUGCCAUUGAGAAGGCGAAGCAGAUGCUGAAAUUGGCCAACAAGCAGGGGUGCUCGACCAUCGUCGAACGUUUCGAGACCGAUGCCGAGUACACCGUUGCAUCCCUCAACAACGGCUUCGACCGUGACUUCUUGAGGACCCAAGAUGUGCUUGUCCAUGGCAUUCUGCCGAACCUCGGUCAGGGUUGA